UAUUCUUGGCAUCCACGCGGGCACGAAAACACAAAUCAUGACGUGACGUGACGUGCGUGCCGUGACGAUCCGGUGACCGCUGUGGGAUUACCUAAUGUUCGGUAACGAGCUCGGCUGGCUAUUAGUUACCACUAACCCCCCCGUAAAUGCAACUAAUGCCGCCCGCCCGCCCAAACAACAUGCGGCGCGUCGUCCUCCCUUGCAAGUUCCUCCCUAACCGAACAGAGGCAGACUCGUUGGCGGUGUCUCCCUCGCCAUGUGAUAUUGCUGCUGCCUCGCCAGGAGAGCGUCAAACUAAUUUCUUCGCUUUUCGUCUUCUUUCGUCCCACGGUCCAUAGACACAUGAUGCCAUCGAUAUCCAAGUUCUUGCCGUUCGCGCCCUCGACGACGACGACGCAGGCGGUCACGUACCUGCUCGGCAUCUCGCUCUUCUCCAUCUCCUUCCUCGUCUUCCUCAACAGCUCCGUCUCCUUCGUCAUCACCGACCUCAUCGGCCAGAAGAAGGGCGUCGGCGAUGUCGUGGGCACCCUGGGCUUCGCCGACGAGCUCGUGGCGCUGGUGGCGUGCCCGGCCUGGGGCCUGGUCUCGGACCGCCUGGGCGUGCGAUGGGUCGCCGUCAUCGGCUACGCCAUCAUUGCCGCUGCGCUCGUCGUCUUCGUCCAGGCCAAGAACGUAUAUCCUCAAUUGCUGCUCGCGCGCAUCUUUUUCGCCCUGGGGGCGUCCGCGGCGUAAGUAGAGACGGCGUCUCGGAGUUAUGCGCGGAGCCGAGACACGAGUCCAGAAUGACGAUGGAAGCUGACCGUUCUCGGAUUACGCAGAGCCACAAUGGUGACGGCCAUUCUGCCCUCCCUGACCGAUGAAACCGACAAUUUGUCGAGCACGGCGGCGUUGGCCCGCGCCAAGUUGAACCCGCGGCUCAGUGCCGCCUUCUCGGUCGAGUCCGAGGUCACCAUCACGCCCGAGAGAUAUACAAGGACGCUGUCCAACGAGCGACCCCAAGGCGGAGGGGAGGCUGCCUCCAAGGCAGGCAGACCCUCGGCGCUCGCCGGCUUCGUCGGCCUGUUCACCGGCUGCGGCGCCCUGGUGGCCCUGGCCCUGUUCUUGCCGCUGCCCGCGCGCUUCGGCGAGAUUGACGGCGUGACACCCGGCGAGGCCGUCUCGUAUAGCUUCUACGUCGUCGGCGCCGUGUCGCUGGUCGUCGCGAUUUUCGUCUUUUUUGGCCUGCGCAACUUGCAGGGCGAGGAAGGGAAGGGAUGGAAGGUACUGUUGGGCAUCGCAAAGGACCGACACGAUGGUUUCGAGAGGCUCGAGAUGGACCGUCGUCAGGGAUCACGCAAGCAGAUAAUUCCGUAUCUUCAUCUGAUGAAAGACUCGGUGCUGCUCGGCGUCACCGAUUCACGAAUUGCUCUCGGCUACAUGGGGGGCUUUGUAGCGAGGGCGUCCACAGUUGCCAUCUCGCUCUUCAUUCCGCUAUUUGUCAACACGUACUUUAUCAGCAACGGGUACUGCCAGGGAUCGCCAAACGACCCAUCGCCAGAGCUCAAGAAGGAGUGCCGAGCGGCGUACGUUCUUUCAUCCAUCCUGACUGGCGUCGCGCAGCUCAUGGGUUUGUUAUGCGCGCCGCUCUUUGGAUACCUCUCUGGCCGAACCGGCCGGGUCAAUUACCCAAUAAUUGUGGCGACCGUAUUCGGCAUGACUGGCUACCUCAUCCUGCCGCAUCUCUCGAGCCCCGAGAUCAAGAACGUGGAGGGGCGAGGGGGCACGCCGGCCAUCUUCCUCGUGGUUGCUCUCAUCGGCAUUAGCCAGAUUGGAGCCAUUGUGUGCAGCCUAGGAUCGCUCGGACAGGGCGUGCUGGCUGCCGAACUUCCGAGGCCGGCGCGACGCGAGCCGUCUUUGGCCCCAGAGGAGGACGAGGCGACCGAGUCGGAGCCGCUGAUCCGACUGUCGGCGGCGGCGGACUCGGCGUCGAGGGUGCGCCUCAAGGGAUCCAUUGCGGGCGUGUACUCGCUGUGCGGCGGCGCGGCGAUACUGAUACUCACCAAGCUGGGGGGCUUCCUCUUCGACAGGGUGUCGACGGGGGCGCCCUUUUACAUGAUGGCGGCGUUCAACGGCAUCUUGCUUGUGGCGAGCCUGUUUAUGGACGCGGCACAGACGUUUGCGAGGGUGUGAUGCGAGCGAGAAGAUUGUGAUAGCUCUUACGAUGCCACGAACAUGAAUACAGGCCUGGGGUUUUCUUCCUCGGAGUUAGGUGACCAAGGCGCUGGUGAGUCCAGUACUGUGCCCACUGGGGCCUGUAGGUAGGUACUGGUGCCGUUUCUGGCAAUUUGUUGUUGCCGGCUGCCAAUCGGAGCGUGCGCCGAUCAGUGGAGCGUCUUCAGCGGGCGAGGUGGGGCGACAAGGCACACCAGACGCAAUACCACGGCCAGGCUAGCAAAGCAGGCAGGGCCUUUAUUGCUGACGAUACUUCGUACUAGUCAUGAACAUCGUGCCUUGAGUGCCCCAUGACCUUGCGUCUUCGACCAUGUUGUGGCCUCGGCUGCCUAUGGCAUGACAUGGAGAGAUGACGACCCCGCAAGGCAGCCAGCAGGUUUGGAAGAAAGCGGGUUUCAUGGCAGGUUGCCGUGGCCCUUUCGGUCGCACCUGCCUCGGUUCGACGGGUUCGUCGGCACCGUCGACUCAUGUACAUGCACAUGUACACGUACGUAUACUGUACGUACAUAUGUAUAUGUACGCGCACAAUAAACUUGCAUUCUGG